CCCCGCUGACGAAGAUGAGCUGGGCCGCCAGAUGCACCAGUUCACACCCCGAAGAACAGGCCUAAGGACCUACGCAUCGACAGUGUCAACAUCUGUGGAAAGUCGUGCCCCGUACUGGACCCUGCGGGCGCAGCAGCGACUGGUGAAGAGUCUAUUCGCCUCCCAGGUGCGGCAGCCGGCCAAGAAUGUGAUCAUGUUCCUGGGCGACGGCAUGUCCAUAGCGACGCUGACCGCCGCCAGGAUGCUGCUGGGGCAGAGGCAGGGCCUGUCUGGCGAGGAGGCCCAGCUCAGCUUCGAAGAGUUCCCCAACGCUGGACUGUCCAAGACGUACUGCGUGGACGCACAAGUGGGCGACUCGGCGUGUACCUCUACGGCGUACCUGUGCGGCGUCAAGGCGAACACGGGCACCAUGGGAGUCACGGCGGCGUUGACCAGGGGCGAUUGCGACGCCCAGAACAAUACCGCCAACCACGUCGACUCCAUCAUCAAGUGGGCGCAGGACGCAGGAAAGGCUACGGGUAUCGUGACUACGGUGACGGUAACACACGCGUCCCCUGGAGGAGGUUACGCACACAUCGCGGAUCGCAACUGGGAAAGCGACGCUGACGUCAUCGCUGCUGGAGGCGAUCCAGCGAUCUGCCCGGACAUCGCGGACCAGCUGGUUAACGGCAACCCAGGUCGUAACAUAAAGGUAAUUCUCGGAGGAGGCCGCAAGAUGUUCUUACCUAACACGACUGUGGACGAAGAGGGCGCGAGUGGUCGUCGCUGGGACUCGCGCAAUCUCAUCUCUGAGUGGUUGGACGACAAGUCGGACCGUGACGCGACGGCCAGCUACGUGUGGAACAGAGACCAGCUGCUGGCCGUGGACACCGAGAAAACUGACUACCUGCUCGGACUGUUCGAGUCAUCUUACAUGCAGUACCACCUGGACGCCGACAACGCAACGGAACCCCGUCUCAAGGAGCUUACGGAAGUAGCUAUCAAGAUGCUGGAGAAAAAUAGGGACGGAUACUUCCUGUUCGUAGAGGGAGGCAAGAUCGACGUCGCGCACCACUCGACCCUCGCUCACAAGGCGCUCGACGAGGCCAUCGAGUUGUCGGAGGCGGUGCGAGUGGCGCACGAGCUGACGGACGAGCGCGACACGCUGAUCGUGGUGACGGCCGACCACGCGCACACCAUGUCCUUGAGUGGCUACGCGGCGCGCGGCAACGACAUCUUUGGAUUUGCCGGCAGUGACUCCGAAUCCAUGCCGUAUCAGACUCUCGGCUACGCAAACGGUCCUCAACCUUACCUACAGACGACGGAGGACGGAUCAAGGAGGAAUCUGGCCGAAGUCGAGACUGGUGACAAAGAGUACGAGUUCCCGUCUAUGGUGCCGCUGUUUGUGGAGACACACGGUGGGGACGACGUGGCCGUGCUGAGCCGGGGACCCUGGUCUCACCUGCUCACCGGCGUCUUCGAGCAGAACUACAUCCCCCACGUCAUGGCGUACGCCGCUUGCGUUGGCAAUGGCCUCACCGCCUGCCACAGGUGA